AUGACCCGCGAGGAACAAAUCGCUCGCAUGUCGCAACGCAUCGACAUCAUACAAGAGCAGAAUCCCGAGUCAGAUUUCAAGACUAGUGCAAAGUGGUGGGUUCCAAGUAUUGAUCUCAGCGCGGAUAUCAAGGAAACCCUCGACCGAGACUCCUACGAGAAAUAUAGCGCCUGCUUCGCAAAGUUGUUCGCUGGGAAAUUCGCACCGGACGUUAUGGCCGAAACACGAAGCGAGGCCCAGGAAAUCCUAGCUCAACAUCCGGAUUUAUUUGAACGUGUUGAUGUGAUGAUCUUUCAGAACGAGAAGAUUCUGGGACAAAUACAUGGCUUUGCCACGGAAGAAGAAGCUGCGGGUCUGGGAGGGUUUGGAAGAUGCAAUGGUGCUAGGGUGAGGUUUACCUAG